AUGGCAUACUCCAAAUACUCUUCCGACCGUGCUCCCGGACGGGAGCACAUCCCCCUCUACCCCAAAGGUUUCAUCACCAUCCGCAUCAUCCAACUUAUCAUCGCCAUUCUCAUCGCCGGUCUCUCCGCCUUCGGAGUACAUAUCUUUGCCUUUGACGGAGACGUCUUGAUCCUAGCAGUUGCCGUAAUGACUCUCAUAUCAUCAACCUACCAUCUCAUCACGCGCUUCUCCACCCCUAAAGCCUACAACUACUGGGCCGUCCUCGCCGUCGAUAUCUUGGUUUUGGUUCUAUGGCUCGCCGCCUUUGCGCUGCUGGCUUCGGAGAUCAUUUGGUUCUUCACGCUUUGGACGUCUAGUUCGGAAUCGAUUCCAACUGUUGAUCCUUAUUAUGACGAUUUUACCCCCGAUGAAGACUCAUAUGACUUCUACACCUAUGGGAUUUUGGCUGCUCUGAAAGGGGGGGCGGUGGGGAGUAAGGCGAGGUCGAGUGGUGGUGAUGAUGAUGGGAGAUAUGGUGACAGUGGGUUAGAUUACAUCUAUGAUAAUGAUGGUGGAUAUGAUGAAUCCGCGGUCGUGGCAACGUUGGUGGCGCCAAUUUGUGUUAUUGCUGCUGCUGCGUUGGGGGGGAUUGAGUUCAUCCUCCACCUCGUAUCCCUCAUCAUCCACUCCGUUUUCCUCCACCGCCACCGCGCCGCCGGACUACACAGCAAACCCGUCCAAUCCUCUCCUUCCAGUAACAGCAACAGCGGCAGCGACAACAGCAACACCAUCCUCUGUUCCCCGAAUGCCGUUCUUGCCCCCGCAGCCAUCGUCACAACCCCCAACGAGAAACUUCCCUAUCAUCAUCACCAGGAAAUCGACUCGACGCCCAUCUCUGUUCCAUCCAACCACAACCAGCAGCCGUCAGCCCCAGCGCCGGCUUACACCCCGGUAUUCAGUCAGCAGCAGCAACAGCAACAGCAACAGCAACCAUACCUCCAACAGCAACAACAACAGCAACCGCACCAUCAAAGGCAAUACCAAGCAUAUCAACAACAACCACAAGGUCAGGCUCAAGGACACCCAUCGGUUUACUACCACUCACCGGUAUCACCGCAAACUACCGGAGGAACGAUGAAUUAUACGCAGUUUCAACAGCCAUCGUGGGCGGUGUCGCCUGUUCCGACGACGCCACCUGUGCCGACGCAUUACGGACCAACCGGGGUGGUGCGGGCGGGGAUCUAUCAGUUGCCGUGA